UACGCGCGCAAAUCCCCAGAUGGCAGUGAUCCAGCAACAAGAUUGCAACACCUACAGCAAAUGGUCAAUAAUCUCCGUGAACGCUCCCUUGUUGAUAAAACUUACGUUUCAAUAUCUAGUCUUGCAUCCUCGCCGUUUAACGAAAGGGAUUUGAAUGUAGUUGACGAUAUGGAAAAACUUGAACAUGUAACAGGAAAUACUCAAGAUAUGCUUGAGUAUAUUCAAGCCGUCGAUCAUAAUGUUUGUUUGGUUUCCAUUGAUUUUGCUGGUCUUUCGUCACGUUCACAUAUUGUGAAAGAUUUCUUGGUUUUUUUUUAUUGA